GGAAGUGUUUCUUAAAAAGUAGAUAAGAUUAAGUAAUUUGAAGGGAACUUCAGAUAAAGUAUAAUCACGUAUCCACCCAGGUAUGCGAAAACCUGGUUAAAAAAUAAAAAUGUUUGGUUGUGGGCGUCCCAAAAAUAGAGAAAACGAUGAAGAAAGAGAACAUGACAGACGUUUCAAAAGAUCGACCAAAUUACUACUUUUGGGUACAGGUGAAUCUGGAAAAACUACAAUCAUUAAACAAAUGAAAAUUUUGCACAUUAAUGGAUUUUCAACCGAAGAAAAGAAACAAAAAAUUCCAUACAUCAAGCAAAAUAUUCACGAGUCUAUCUAUGAUAUUGUUUACAACAUGGAUAAAAUUAAUCCUCCUGUAAAACUGGAGAAGAGCGGAAAUGAAGAAUGCGCCAAAUUUAUUUUAGAUUUGGGGCCAGAAGAACUAGAGGAAUACACUGAGGAAUAUUUUGAUAACGUGAAGAGCCUUUGGAACGAUCAAGGAGUGCAAAAAACGUUCGAGCGCUCAAACGAAUACCAGUUAAUAGACAGCGCCCAACAUUUCUUAGACCGUAUUGACGAAAUUAGGAAGCCGGACUACAUCCCCUCAACUCAAGACAUUCUGUUUUGCCGAAUUCGCACCACUUCCAUUUCGGAGAUUGAGUUCAGCGUCCCAGUCCCUAAAACAUACGGGGGCGGAAGCGCCAAUUUCCUCAUGUACGAUGUAGGGGGCCAGCGAGGGGAACGCCGCAAAUGGAUACAAGUUUUCGACGGAAUUGACGCAAUUUUAUUCAUAAUCGCAGCGAGUGACUUCGAUCAAACACUACGAGAAGAUGAAUCGAAAAAUCGGCUUGAGGAAGCUUUGUCCGUUUUCAGAGACAUGUGUGGAAGCCGGUUUUUACGAAAGGCUGGAAUGAUUGUUUUUCUCAACAAACAGGACCUCUUCCAGAGGAAAAUAGAGCACGGGAGAAAAUUGGAAAAGUACUUCCCCGAGUACAAAAAUUUUAAUAAAACUCUGGGUUCUGCGGUGGAUAAUGCGAAAGCCUUCCUCGAGGAGAAGAUAACACAAAUGUCGAAAAUACAAGUAACAGUGAAAAAUUAUAAUCCAAUUACAAAAACAGUAACUGAGGAGAAGCUGCCCCCUAGGGAUAUUUAUAUCCACCACACUAUCGCUACAGACACUCAGAAUGUUAAAAAAGUGUUUGAUAGUGUCCACGAAAUGAUAAUUAAGGAAAGUGUAAAAAACAUUGCUAGUUACUAAUACAAAUUUAUUACAAGUUUACACAAAUACUUUACUUAAGCAAAGACCACUUGAGUUGCUCUUUGGCCGACUGUAUUACCUAUAAAUAAACGUAUUUGUUAUUACAUAUUA